UUGUCUUGACUUGCAGCAGGGUGACAUUCUGUUCUUGCAUAUGAGCAAGGCCCCCGUUCGAAUUGGAGAGAUUGUUGUGUACAAUGUAGAAGGACGCCCGGUUCCAAUUGUCCAUCGAGUAAUUGAGGUUCACGAAGAGGAAAAUAAUGGAAAUGUUGACAUCCUUCCUAAAGGAGACGCCAAUCCUUUGGAUGACAGGAGCUUGUAUGCUAAUGGUCAGCAUUGGUUGAAGCCACAACAAAUUAUUGGGAGAGCUGUUGCAUUACGGGAUAAUUCAGGAUGAUACAAUACAAGCUCCCCCCUCCGAAACGGUGGCAAAGAAAUUUAGAUUUUUCGAAUACCUACAGAAUUUUGUAAGAUUUGAAGGCUACAUAUCUUGUUCUGUGAACUGCGGAUUAGGUUGAUGAAACAUAUUUGCUGUGUUAAAAAUCCGUUGCGCGUUGCCAUACCUUCGAAAAAAUUCUUCAGAUCAAUUUCUAUCAUGAUCUAAGCAUGUAUCUGCUUUCAGGAACAUCAUGCCACUGUAAAUGGGAUAACUUCACAGGAUUGAAUACCUUUUAUUAUGAAAAAUCAGUGUUGGUGCUAUCUUGUCUAAUAUAACGCAAGGAUCGUCGCAUAAUUGCUUUGACCUUGUGAAGGUAGAGUAUCAUCUGAUAAUUUUACAUCACUAUGGCAACGUUAAUGAGAAUAACAUUGAAGGCUUUUAGUCAAGAGGUUGACCCUUCCAUAGGUGGAAGCUGUCUGAGCAGGAGCCAUGUUGCUGUGUAGCUGAUGUGAAGUCACCGAGAGAACAACUGUCUGUAAACCCUCAUCCCCACUUAAUUUUCCAGAAAUUUAGAAACCUUACAUCCAUAUUUCCUUUAAUUGAAGAGAGUGACGACUGCUGUGAGUUGUAAACCCUCAUCCCCACUUAAUUUUCCAGAAAUUUAGAAACCUUACAUCCAUAUUUCCUUUAAUUGAAGAGAGUGACGACUGCUGUGAGUUUGCUCUUGUACAAACUCAAAGAAAUGCUUCUUAAGACGUGUUUGGUUGCUGUCUCAUAAAGACAGUAGAGAUGCAUCUCUCUUUUAAAAGUAAAAAACUUUAAAAUUAUCUUAUUUUUGUCUAUUUUUCCGAUCAAAAACACGUUUAUUGGAUUUCAACACGCACGAUAUAACAUCAAUGAUUACGAACAAUACUAAAUUUCAAGUUCUUAAAGUGUAUCCAAAAUCACUCUCCGAAGAAUUCCAGCCAUCAUAUUUGAGGUAUCCAUAAGCAUCGGUAUAUAUUCAAGUCCCUUUCCAUACUUGGCAAUAAAGUAGUAAGAAUCCAUGAAUAACGAAAAGGUCAUUUUGCUUCGUGCAUUUUAGUGCUCGAUUGUUUGUACAAGAGUAAAUAACAAUUCAGUCCCUGUAUUUUUCAAGUUUUCGCAAUACAAUAACUUAGUUUCUCUGGUUUAGAAAUCAUUACUUAAUCCCAUGUUGUUUAUAACUAUAAUUUCAUCAAAAUGUUCUGUUAAUUUUUUUUUUAAAAUAUAGGGGUGUGAUAUGAGGUUAAAACUAGAGGGACUAACUAGUUGUUUCACUUGAUGUCUUGCUUCUCUUCUUUUAUGCAUGUGGUUUCAAGGGUAGUUUGUACUUGGUAGUUGGUACAAGUACUAAGUGGGUUUCACACUAAUGUUAGGCCUUAGAGAGGAUAUUAAAUAUUAUGACAUAUGUAUUUAAAAGUUUAUCCAUGCCGUUAGGUAUGACUAGUCAAUUUCCCACAUCACCUCAUGCUAGAUUGACUUCAAAUUGUAGGUCAUCCGUUUUGAGCCCCGAGAUGGCAAUUUUUUUAUUUUAAUGGGUGUGUGUUCGGAUCAACUUAUAUGUAUCUUAAUUAAUUUUUUAAAAUCCUGAAAUUAAUAACUAGAUAAACCUUUAAUGAUCUUAAAUUUUAUGACACUUGAACUAAUAAUUUCUGAAAAACAAAUAUAAAAUCUAAUAAGUUAAAUUAUACCUUAUAUAGAAUUCUCACGAUGACAAAUAUUACUUCAGCAAGAGGUGGCAUGAAGUUAUUUGCCUUAACAAAAAUCAGGGAUUCUUCUUCGACUGACAUCAGCACAAGUUAAUUAUGUCUAAUAUUAACCGAGGCUCGCAGCCCAACGGCCUUGGUAGGAUUUCCCUGCCUAUGUGCCUUGGGUUCGAGCCUUGCGUGUACGUCUGUCACCUCCGCGGUGUUUUAUUUGCCUACUAGGCUUGCAGGAUGUUCAGUGGGCCCGGGGAUUAGUCGUGGUGCGCGUAAGCUGACCCGGACACCCCGGGUUAUAUAAAAAAAAAAUUAUGUCUAAUAUUAGUUGGAUUGAGUUUUUUUAAAAAUAAAUUAAAAUUAACUUAAUUUGAUUCAUUUAAUUUAAUAAGUUAUUUCAUGACUAGUUGCACUAAUUAAAAUCUAACUUUAUUUUUUUUAUAUGAUAUCUUUAAAAAAGAAUUAAAUAUUGAAAAACUAACUUGAAUUAACUGAUUGUACAUGUCUUUAUACCAGCAAUUUAAAGUUAAAUAAUUUAACUUCUCGUAUUCAUAAAAUUUUGAUGCCAUGAAAGGUUAAGUUACAUUUUUUAUAUUUUAAUAAUAAAUUAAUAAAAGUGCGCUCAAAUUUGAAAUGUCACCCUUUUAAUUUUGCAAAAGUACUUAUCAUCAACCAUGAGGUCAUUAUAUUUACUUUUAUUAUAAUUUAUUUCUAUACAACAAAAUAAUUUAUUUCUAUAAUUUACUUAUUAUAAAAUCUAAUACUAGAUCUCAACAAGAAUCAAAAAAAUUAAUGUUUCACGACAUUAUGAAAUUUUA